AUGCCAUAUGUGAAAGUAUGGACUCAUACAGGAGGUCAAAAAACUCAAUAUACAAAUGGAGACCGUUCAAACUUUUGGCUUGGCAUUCCAUUUGCUGACUCAGAAGACUUUAUGGGUGGUAUUUCAACUGUUGGUACUGUACAAAUACAAUAUACUGGUGACAGAGACGGUCCAGAUGAACUGAGAGCAAAGAAGUUUACAAAACCAAUAGCACUUUUCACGGAAGAUGCUCUUUUGAAGAUUCGUUCGAUGAAACCUGCUGGGGCUCCUCAGAUUGGCAUAACGACAGCUUCCAUCGAGCAGAUUUUGGCAGCAGGUCAGUAA